GGACAAGCCGCUGGACGCGCUUCGCAUCGAGGCACGAGAGGCGCUGGAUGCUCAUUGGUAUAAGGCCGCUCAGGCUCAAGGCCAAAGUUUUUAUCCUUACGAAGAGUGCAACAGCUAGAAGUUUAAAUUUUUCUGUCCCAUCAUCCUCUGUUAAAGUUAACAUCACGUCGCAAGGAGGGAGCGCGUAGCGAAACAAUUUCUUUCGGGAACACUGGAAUUGGUGAGAUUCCCUAUGAUACCAAUGCCCAGGCCAGCUUCAGGGGGAAAGCAAUAUGCAUGAAUAAUUAGAACCACGUCAACGAGCAAGUACAUUUUCAUUUUCUACAACAUCUUCAUCUAACUCACUGUUUGAAUUUCGAAAACCAGACGAAGCAAAGACCCCACAGCGCACAAGCGGAACUUGUAUCGCCAAGGGUGAACCAUCUUCGCAAGAACUCGACUGUCGCAUGAGGUUCGCUGUCAUGUCAAAAGUGAAAGCGGAACAGGAAAAGCGCCGCCAACUGCAGGCUUCAUCUAGCACGAAACUGGUUCUACAGGGAAAAUCUUUUGACACAAAAAGAAAGAGUCUCUGA